AUGUUUGGAUCUGGGGUUUUCCUGUUUUUUGCGAUUUCCUGUACCCAAAUCGGGGUUUCGCAAAUCUUCAAUACGGAAUUUGGAUCGGGCUUCGGACAGGCCGCCGAGACCGAGCAGGUUCGCGAGAAACGCCAGUGGCUGUCUGGUGACCUGCUCGCCUACAAGGCCACCAGACCACCUGGCGCGGGAGCUGCCCCGGCCGGUAAGAAAAAUGCUGCCCCUGUGCACGCUCCACCAGCCCCGUGGCUGAACAACCCCGCACCGGCUCCGGCAACGACCACAACGACCACAAAAGCGCCGACAACGACCACUACCACUACAACUACGACUACAACGACCACUACGACCACGACUACUACCACGACAGCGGCGCCGACAACGACGACGUGGUCUUGGGAAGAAGUUACCCCGGUCUCGUCGACGUCAACGACGACUACGACCACCGCCCCUACGACUGACCCACCAGCUUGUGACCGAUACAUCCGUCAUCCCCGUGCCGUAAGGGACACAAAAUCACCUUCCUGCCCUUCGCCGCUGCCCUACCGUUUAGCUUCUCCUGACCGGCUUCUACUCUGUGCUACAAAGCAAAGCAAGAUAAAUUGUUGCAUGCAAAUG